CCCCACCACGGCGGUAGCGUGGUGCGACCGCUGCCGCAACGAGCAUUACUCCCGCGCUCGCGCGCUGAGCUCUCGCGCGUACGUGAUGCUUCGGUGGUGAAUAGUGCCUGUGUUGUGUACUGAACACCGUGAUCUGUGUGCCUAACGAUGAGGUCUUACGGCGCAUUGGCGCUUUUUACACUCGCUCUCAUAACAGAAUGCUUCGGCGCCCAUUCAGAUCGCUCAGAUCGUUCAGACCGCUCCCGGCAGCGCUCCAGCCCAGUUAGGAGCGUUCCCGUCGCGGCUGACAUCAAGCGGGACGCGGACUUCGACUGCCCCGAAGAGUUCGGGUACUACCCCCAUCCCACCGAUUGCACACUUUACUAUGUAUGCGUGUUUGGCGGCGCACUACUCGAGUCAUGCACUGGUGGCCUUAUGUACAGCCACGAGCUCCAAACUUGUGAUUGGCCGCGUAACGUAGGCUGUGAUGGCGCCAGCGUGAUCGGCGGCGAGGAGCUGGAGCGGCUAAGCGAGCGCGAACAGCGACCCCCGCCACCGCCGCCCCCGCGCCGCACUCCGCCCCCACCCCCGCCUCGGGCCCAGCCCAACCCGGUAAUCACAUCUAGAGGACAGCCAAAGUUCAACCGUGAAGAAUACGAAAAGCAACAACAGUUAUAUGCCGAUGUAGAUGACUUGCCCCCUGUCGAAGAAAUCGAAAAUGACAGACAACAGCGUGUUUAUCGGGGACAACCUUCAACUAUUGGGCAAGUGCAAAAGGAUAGAGAUGGUUAUGGAUCUCAAGUGGUCAGCUCUGGUAGAAAUCUGAAUUCUAAUAUAAUCCCUGCGUCACUACCUCAGAGCGGUAAACUUGGGUCUUUCUCUUUCGGUUCUCAAGUUGAUGACAGACGAACAGCUACCGUCACACCUGCUCCUCAAAGUUAUAGUGAAGACAGUAACAACGUGACUGACUCUCAUCUUGACAGACGUUUAGACAUUGAAACAAAUGAAAUUUCUCUUGAUGACCUGACUUUAAAAUCAAUAAGAAAGAAAAGAGAAGUGGUAGAAACGACACCAACUGGAAAUGAAACUAUUAAAAAUCCUACAACAGAGAUAUCAAAAAGGAGUGAUGGUGAUGAAGAAAUGGAAUACGUCGAAGUAGACCCAGAAAGUCUUCAGAGUGAUGAUUUUGAGAGAGGAAAACGGCAAGUUCGAUACUAUUUGAAAAAUGGAUUUAAAAAUCCUGGUAAAAAUUGGGCCAUCGCAAAUCCAGUGAAAUUAGUAGACUUACAGCAAGCUGUUUAUAAUCCUAAUAUACAAAAUUUUAGAUAUCAGCCGAAUUUUAGUGGUGUAGGCAAUAAUAAUUAUUAUAAUGAUGGGCGACAACAGUUUUCAUAUGAUAAUAACUUGUUUACGACAGCUAAUCCAUUUUUGUCAUAUCAAGGACAGAAUGCUCAAUCAGAAAGACCAUUUAAACCAAGUUUACCUGACCCUGGUAGUCAAAAAUUUUACCACAAUUCAGCAAAUUCAGCAACUCACAUUAUAACUAAAAGUCCACCGAUAUCAUCUUUAAAAAACAAUGGAAAUCCGUUUUCGUCUCUGAAUGGAGGAUUUUAUAACAACUCUCCUAGACCUAUUACCAACCAAAACAGUUUUUCUCCACAAGGUACUGUGAAUCGUCCAAAUAAUCAAGCAUCUUAUCAAGAUUCGUCGUUACUUCCCAGUACUAUAGUAACUGGUAAACCAGUACAAAUGGCACCUCCGCCCAGGCCACAAAAUUCAAAACAAAAUGAAAAGCAACCCGUGGAUGAUGACUAUGAUGAAGAUUCUGAAGAAAGUGAUUCGUCAUCUGAAGAAGAUGAAGAUGAUAGAUUCAGACAUGAUUUUCCUAAACCUCCUUAUGAAUUCACUCAUCCCAAUCAUAAAUAUGCUGACAUUGAGAAUCCUUUUGCAAAUCCAAACUUUGAUUUUGAUGCCUUUUUAUCCAAAAUUAGUAAUGGUCAGUAUCAACAAAACCCUAAAAUUGUUCAAAACAUACAAAGACCGCACCCGACACAAAACAUGCAAAUUAGUUCUGUGAAGGCUUCAGCAGAAGUAACGACGUCAUCAAAUAGAGUUGCGCCUUUGCGAAGCUCUACAUUAGACUAUAAAGGCAUGAGUACUCCAACACCGUUUACUUAUUCUCAUAACCCUAGCAGCACUUUAAAGCCAGAUGAGAAUAAUUUGAGGUCACAAAAAUUAAAUCAACAAUACCAUCAGUUUUCAACACCUCAGCCUAGUCAGCAAACUUUCCCACAACAGCAACGGCAACAACAAUCUUUUAACAAAAAUGUGUUUUCUAAAGGUCCUCAGCAAACAGCCGGUAUCCCUUUAGAGGCAGUGAGACCAAAGCUUAAUCCACCAAAUUUUAGAGAUGAUCGUCAAUUACCAAUAACUUAUAGCUUCAGUACACAGAAACCAUACUACGAACAAUCCAAAAUUAAAGGAGAGAAUCCCCAAAUAUUUUCCGUUUCUUCUAAACCGUAUGUGGUAGUAGCUGGUACAAGUCAACCUAUAUUACUGUCAACUCCAAAGCAACAAUACAAUGUGAAGCCUGAAAAAAUAAUAUCAUUACCCCCUCAUUUAGUUUCUACUGGAAAACCGUAUAUUUUAUCCUCAGUAAAGCCUCAGAAUUCAUUUAUAGCAUUUAAGCAAUCUACGCCAAAACCCCUGACGACGAUAGUCAAUGAACAGUUAUCUGCUUUGCAACAUUAUUGGAGUAAUCCUUCCACUCAAAAUCCAUAUUCUGUACAAUCAGUGACAAUGCAUCCGAGUUCUUCACCGGACACAAAUAAAUUACAGAAUUUGUUUGCUCCAGCAAACAAACCAUCCAAUCAGGCCCCAAUCAAAAGCCAGAACAUGUUUGUAAAUAUUGUUAGAGAUCCUAUUACUACGACUACAGCGCCAUCUAAACGCAGACCCAUCCCAAAACCAUCUCCUGAAAUGAAUGAUUAUUACUAUGAUGAUGAUGAUGAACAAUAUUAUUAUGAACCUGCUGUCAAACCAAAAUAUAUGCCCAGUACAGAAGUUAAACCACAGAGACCAGCAAUGGCCCAAAAUUAUAAAGAAUACGACAAUUAUGAAGACUUGGAUGAAGGGAAUGAUAAACCAACUACGCCUCGGAAGCCUGUUAAAUAUACAUCCUUAAAACCAGAGACAGUAACUAAAAACCACAAUGACGUAUCUAUUGUAACAAAAUCACCUCCCAAAGACGACAAGAACGGUAACAGAAAAAUUCCAGUGCCCGUGUUAGUAGACUAUUCUAAGCCUACGAAUGUUUUGAUUCGUCCUGAAGUGUCUAACUAUCAGAUCAUUCAUCAUCCUCAUCGUAACCGAACCAUACCUAAUAUGAGAAAACCGGUACAGCCGGAAAGUAGUCCUUACACUAAUCGCCCUCCUAAAUAUUUAAAUCAGACAACUUUAAGGCCAUAUACAGUAAGGCAUAGAUUAGCUAAGUCAACUCCAGUACCUGUCAAACAAGUUUCCAUACAAAAUAAUAAGCCAACUACGGAAAGGGUUAGGCAUCCAAAUAUUGUCGCCCAGAUGAAAUUAACAACUCUACGAGACAGCUAUAACCAAGAAACUCGGUUUACUAAGACUAAACAUGACGAUAAAACAAACAGCUUGGAACCGACGGAGAGUGUCGCACCAAUCUCUUACUCCGCAAGUCCUCGUCCGAAAAUGUUGUACAAUGGAUCUCAGAACUACAACCCCGACCAAUAUGAUCCUUAUUACGCUGUAUAUGAUGAAGAUGGAGAGUUGUAUAAAGACACAGACUAUGUGCAGCAAUAUAACAUCGCCUCGGUGCGCCCCGUAGUACAGCAGACGUAUCGCGGUACUCCGCCGCCGGCGCGUCGACCCGUCGAGACUUACACGCCGAGACCCGUCACCUCGGACGACUACGACGAUGCUCUCAUUCAAGGACAGAUCAGCAACCAAAAUCAAUACCAAUCACCUGUUCGCCAUUCAACGAGGGGCGAAGGUAAUGAAUUGGGAUAUGACCAUAAUCCAAGCAGCGUGAGGACGACCUUGUACGAAGCUACCACUAUAAGCACGACUCCUCGUACGACCAGCACAAGCACUACUACCACGACCACACAGCGCUCUACCACUGCACCAUACACUGAAGCUAUGACCCCGUCUCGAUACACCCCAAGAUCAUCCACAGAUGAAAAUCCUACUUCCAAACCUGAAUCUUCUUCAGACCCUUCUGAAAUAUACCCUGUAUCAUCAGACCCUUCUACAACACCAUCUACUGUCAACUUAUCCUCUUUUGCCAAACCUUUUGAAAAGACUGAUAAUUCUCACAGACUCCAAGAGACUUUGUCAACGACUGAAAAAAUAUUGACUUCUAGACGUUCUUCUUAUGUGACUAACAAUAAUAAUACACUACCUGUGGAGACGAAUCGAACUGUGACUACUAGGGGAAAGAAAAAGGUCUUGUCACUAACAACUGGCUUUUCGAUAAGACGGAAUCCGACCAAUGCUAAUAAUCCUUAUACUUUAACGGUUCAUAAUAGGCCGUUAGACGAAAAUAAUAUGUUUAUUAAAACAGACAGUGUCCUUGAUAUUCAAACUGAUUUACUAUCAAAGGUAUACUUCUUAAGUAAUGGUGAAGAUAAAAAAAAGAAACCAACACGCCUAAAUAUCGAUUUGGACAGAUCUACUGAAAGAUCUUCGCCAAGAAAGCUUUCUACCAAGACAGAAAGCAAAUUGGACCAAAUAUUCGACAGGGGUUUACAAAGGGAGAUUGAACCUUUAGUAGUAAUAGAUAAAACGACAGAAAAAACGCCAUAUAGAACAUCUUCUACUACAGUAAAAACUAUAGUGGAUAAAACAAACGAUAGAGUAAAGCAAAGAAAGCAGUCGUAUACGACAGAAACGGCGCAAGUCAAAACGACUGAAAGAAUUAUUUUUAGUAAAUUUUCUAUUUCAUCAGAAUCAGGCGUGUACAGAACGACUGAAAAAGCUCUACUAAAGAAAAUUUCUAAAACGCCAGAUAUACUGGCUAAAACGACAGAUAUAACACUCCUAAAUAAAUAUUCUGGUACUCCAAGUACUCUGGACAGGUCGACAGAAAAAACGCCACAAAAUAAACCUGCUACACCAGAUAUAUUGGACAGAACGACAGAAAGAGAAAUUCUCAGUAAAUUCUCUAUCUCGUCAGAAAGAGGUUUUGAAAACUUUACUCCAAGAUCAUUCCAAAGAAAGUUAUCUGUGAGGCCAGUUUUACUCUUGGAUAAAACCACAGAAAAAAGCAACCAAAGAAAAGUAUUUAAUUCACGACGAAAUUAUGCUAGAACAGACCUAACCGAAGAUAAUGAUAUUCCUAUUAGACCUAGAAGUAGAUCGAGACCUACCACAACCAGAACAAUUAAUAUAACACCCAAAGUUACUUCUACCACUACUUUUAAUACUAAUUAUAUAAGACGUCCCAACAACGAAGAAUAUAUUGAUUCCACCGAGAAUUCUAUUAAUUCCGAAUAUAGUUCUGAAAAUCCUCAAUCUAGUACUUUAUUAAAUAGUUAUUCAUCCGGAAGCAAAGAGUCAUCCAAAUGGAACGAGUAUGCGAGUUCCCAGGAUAGCUUAAAUGAACCUGCAAUUUCACCUUACAGAACACUAGAUAGCUUGAGAAGUAGCUAUAGGCAGGACGAAACAGUGAAAACUUCAACCUUAAGCACAACAUCCACAACUCGGUUUACUACUAGUGUAACGCCAAAGAAAAUUGUAAACGAAAACUUAGAUGAUGAUAACCUUUCACGUAAAUCGUCCUACUAUAGUUAUCGCGUCGACGAUGAUUCCACACCCGAUCAAACUACUGAGGUAUUUAGCGGUAAAGUGAAACAUGUAAUACAAGCCUUCUUUAACAAUAUAAUGAACACUUCUGCACCUCACAUUCUAAGGGAAUUUUCUAGUACUACUACUAAACCGACAACGCCAAAGUUAAAGAAAUCUGAACAAAAUACCUUUAAUAUAGGUUUUCAAAAGAAAACUGCCAAAUUUAUCGAAGAAAAACCUCUACGCAAUGUAAAUCGAUUUGAAUUUGUAACAGAACCAGUCCCUACUAAAUAUACUACUUCUACAUUUAAUACAAUUAGCGCUCCAGAAAGAGGCAGAGUUAAUAAAGAAUUUACUUCAACCACGCCUACUACAGUCAUGACUACCACGCCUUAUACUAUUACUACACCAUUAACAACAUCAACGACUAUGGAAAUGAUGGCCGAAGAUAAUAAGCCUGUACCAAGUAGUGAUUAUUACCAAGCUAAGUUUAGUGAGUUCGUUGAAAAGAAACCUCAAAAGAAGCCUGAAACAACGACGCCUGAAAUAUCUCGAAAAUUCCAAAAUAUAAUCAAGGAAGAGACUUCUAAGAAAUCCGAUACUUACAACUUGAAUACUUUAGGCGAUGAAAAAUAUAUUCCAAACAAAAAUUAUAAUGAGAAUUCAAAGACCUCUUUGAAUAACAAGGUAACUAGUGAGAUUGCAUCGACUACAAGCACAACAAAGUCGACGACGACCACUGAAAAAUUUGAACCGACUACUACCACUGAAAAGAUUGAACUUGCAACGACAGCGACUCUCACUACCACCACAACUAAAAGUACAUCCUUUCCAACGCGAGUCUCUCGAGUCAAUCCCGCCAUAAAGUUAGCUGCGAAAAACCUUGGAGGUGGGCGCAGGAGUUACCAAUCGUCGACCAAUUGUUCGUCAGACAACAGUCUGCAAGCGAAUCCAAAAUGCAACGAAAUCAAAUAUCAGAGGCCUACCAGCACUCGAGGCCGCGGCUCUGCGCAUUAUUCCACAUCAAGCGGUUCCGAAUCUUCUCAACCUGCGCCCAACAGAGGAACACCACCAACUCGAAGUCGCCCUACCCUGAAGCCAUCCACAGCCAUAGUGUCCAAGACUACGGAAUUCGUCGACAUCUAUGCCCAUCCUCCUAGCAGACCAGCACCGGUCUACCCUCAACCAACGCCUGACAAAACCGCGGCCAAAUGCAGGAAGGACGUUUGCUUAUUGCCUGACUGUUAUUGUGGUGGAAAGGACAUUCCUGGCGAUAUGCCCGUGGAGACAGUGCCGCAAAUCGUUCUUCUGACAUUCGACGACUCCGUUAAUGACCUGAACAAGGUGCUGUACGCGGAUCUGUUUGAGAAGGGUCGUGUCAACCCCAACGGUUGUCCGAUCUCAGCCACGUUUUACGUAUCGCACGAAUGGACGGAUUACAGCCAAGUACAGAAUCUCUACUCAGCCGGACACGAGAUGGCAUCACACACAAUUUCCCAUAGUUUUGGAGAACAGUUCUCCCAAAAGAAAUGGAACAGAGAAGUGGCGGGCCAAAGAGAAAUUCUGGCUGCGUACGGAGGAGUUAAACUGGAGGACGUUAGAGGCAUGAGGGCUCCCUUCCUCUCUGUCGGUGGAAACAAAAUGUUCAAGAUGUUAUACGACUCUAACUUUACCUACGAUUCCUCUUUACCGGUCUACGAGAACAAGCCGCCAAGCUGGCCGUACACGCUUGAUUACAAACUAUUCCACGACUGCAUGAUCCCACCUUGCCCUACGAAAUCAUAUCCAGGUGUAUGGGAAGUACCCAUGGUGAUGUGGCAAGAUUUGAACGGAGGACGUUGCUCUAUGGGCGACGCUUGCGCUAACCCACCUGAAGCUGAAAAUGUUUACAAAAUGAUUUUGAAGAACUUCGACAGACACUACACAACUAACAGAGCACCAUUCGGUUUGUUCUACCACGCGGCGUGGUUCACACAGCCGCACCACAAGGAAGGCUUCAUCAUGUUCUUGGACUUCAUCAAUCAGAUGCCAGACGUGUGGAUCGUGACCAACUGGCAGGCGCUGCAGUGGGUACGCGACCCCACACCCAUCUCCAGGCUUAACAACUUCCAACCGUUCCAGUGUAAUUACCAGGAUCGACCCAAGAAAUGCAACAACCCCAAGGUGUGCAACUUAUGGCACAAGUCUGGAGUAAGAUACAUGAGAACAUGCCAGCCCUGCCCCGAAGUCUACCCAUGGACUGGCAAAUCUGGCAUCAGAUCUUCACGCAUUGACAACGACAUCGGAGAAUAAACACCAGUUAUCUGUUAACCAUAGCAAAAAUUUAACGGUAGAAGUACCAUCUUUCUUAGAUGAUAUAGAUCCUAUAAAUGAAUAGGUAUCGAAGCCAACGAGGCAAAGAUCAUUUCGUUUAAAUUAAUUCAACGUAGAAAUUGUUUUGUCACCUGAAGAGUGCCAUUUAGAUGUCGAUGGUCACAAAGCAUGCUUUCAUAAUCAACAAUUUCAUAUAAAAAUGUGAUUCAAAUGUUCAUUCAGUUUGUUCUUUGUAAGUCGUAAUGUAUUGGAAACUGUGAUAUUAGGUGUUUUCAAUCAUCUGUGGAGAUAGUGUCAAUGUGAAUUGCAUGAUUUAGAGCUUGAAUACCGUACAGCUUGUAAUAGUUUCCUAUUUUAUUUAAAUGAUAAAUACUCUUUGCCAACGUCGUAAUGUUGUAAGUAGUAUCAAGUAAUAUUCGAUAACAGUUCAAUAAUAACAAUCGAGGUUCACGUUUAAAUCCUGUAAAUGAUUACCAAGUUUUCAAUGAUGAUAACCGAAAGCCAUAUUAUAAUUUAGAAAAUAUGUUUCUCCAAUCUUGCCAGCUUCGUGGUUGAUACUGCCUUUUGUAAUGUGUAAAUAUAGUAUUAGACUAGCGUAUAUAGGAUAUGUUUGUUUUACGUGAAUUUUCUAUCACUGUUCCAAUAAAAUCAUCUGAUUUUGAAAUUCGGUCAUGACAUUGAAUAUUUUUGAUUGGAUUCAAAUUUAGACACUGUGUAGACGUCUGUCCACAUCGCUGCUGUGUGAUGUUGCACAUGUCUAUACAAGUGGUCAAAUAAAUUUUGCGGACAUGUGAAUAUUUCAUUUAAUAUAAAUUUUAGCUUUGAGUGAAUUUUUAUCGUAUUCAUGUCAAACUUUUUCUUCUUCCUUUCUAUUUUAUCUUUCAAGUAUUUUUUUCAUUCUCUUUAUUAUUACUACAGUGAUUUCAUCUCAAUACUCCCAUUAAUCAACUAGGUUAGGGCUUUGGUCUGCCUUUGCAACUAAAGUUACUAGAAGCGCUUGCAACGAAUCUAUUUAAAAUAUACUUUAUUUAUAAGUACUAUUUUUGUAAAUAUAGGUUAGUAUUUAAAAUUGGUAGUUUCACUUUUUGUAAUAUCUCGGCUGUAAUGUAUUCUCGACAUGACCGUUAGCACUGCGAGCGUUUUUGUAUUGUUACUUCUAGUAUUCAUUUUUUUAUCGGUAAUUAUUUAUGUACAAGAAUUGCAAGAAAAAUUGUGACCAGUGCUAAAUAUAUGAAAUAUAUAAA